AUGGGAGUUAAAGGUUUUGUUGAAGGUGGUGUUGCUUCUAUCAUAGCAGGAUGUUUCACCCACUCGCUUGACCUAAUUAAGGUUCGUAUGCAGCUUCAGGGCGAAAACGCUCCUAAGCCGAACCCGGUUCAGAAUCUCCGACCCGCUCUUGCUUUCGGUCAAACCGGAACAACUUCCAUCCACGUGGGGCCUACUCCGGUUAUUCAGCCUCGCGUGAUUCCGAUCUCUGUUGGAGUCCGUCUCGUCCAACAAGAAGGCGUUAGAGCCUUAUUCUCCGGCAGACACUUUACUCCACCAGGAUGGGUCUCUCUGACAUCCUGA